UGCGCGCAGUGCAGAAACACACCUUUGCGAGGGUUGUCUAACCACAAAUGUGUUUGGAGGGGAGCGACGGCUGGGAUUCUGAUUCUGGCUGGCUACUUGCAUAGUCGGGACACGCGAGACGAUUAGAGGAGAAACAAGCCUGUCACUGCGUGGCAUUGUGGAGUGGCGAGAGAGCCCCUGCCCAGAUGAUGAUAAGUGGCGGCAGCCAAAGUGCAACUUUCCGGACGGCACGCGAGAUCUCGAGUGCCAGACGGUUGUGUCGGCGAGGUUGAAACAGCGCCAAGAAGGCCGGUCCCAACUCAACCAUAGCGGGAGGGAAAAAGCAAUGAGGAUUUUAAGUUCAGAAUCCAAAAAAAAAAUAAAAAAAUAAAAGAAAAGAAAGGAAAUGCAGACUAAAAAAGAAAAAGAAAAUAAAAAUAAAAACAGCUGUCAACAGUCAAGCGCGUCAUUCCAGAAGAUGAUCAUCGCGCUACCAACCACCAUCACAACCUCAACUCGCGAACUAACCGCGUCCACUGCAGCUAAAGCCUCAAUGGUUUGCCGACGACUCACUAGCAACACCUUGCCGAGAGAAAGGCGUGAUUCUUGAGUUGAGAGCUUACCCACUAACUUUACUCGCGAAGUUGUGGGAAACUGGCCUUGGUGCCGGGCGUUUCUCUGGACGAGCGCCGGCUAGCAGGUUCUUCCUGGUGUGGUCGGCUGUCGAGGGAUGAUACCUGUCGCCGCCGGAGAUUGAUGCGGUGGCUCACGGCUAAAUGUUCAGGAGGCGCAGAAAAUACCUAUUAUUCCUAGAGA